AAUUACUAUUAGUUUUUAUUAAUUUUCUAUUCUAAUGUGUCCUUUAUUUAUCUGCUGUACUAAAUAAUUAGUGUGUAUUGGUAUACAAAUAAUUUUAAAGUAGCGCGCCUGAAGCAGCCAUUAAAUGAAUUUGUGGUUCUGUUGCGCAAGCGCAAGUCAUCUUGUCUUCCUGUUCGCGUCGCGUCACAUCGCGUUCUCUCGACAAUAUGGCUACCGUGGCGUCGGUGAUAUAAAGUUGUAAAGAAAUGAUUUUCUUUAAAAUUAUAUUAAUUGUAUUCAAGCCAGUUUAAUUAAAACUUCUGCACUGUGCAUUUUAUAAGUGAUUUAUAUUAAUAUUACAAGUUAUAUAUACAAAAAUUUGCAGAUAAAAGGAUAUCUCUAAAGCCGGAACAUAAGUGUGAAGUAUUAAAAUGGAGUUUCAAGAAACUACAACACAUCUAAUCGUCAAUUUUAAUGUUUCCAAUGAUGAAGGACAGUUAAUGGUAGAUUUGGUUCCAAAAAGAUGGGUGCACUAUGAUGAAAAUUAUAAGAAAUAUUGCAAAUAUCCUACAAAAAAGGAUUAUUGUAAUGUCCCAAAAUGGAGUAAGGAAUGUGCAGAUCCGAAAAAACAUUGGAUAUCCUAUGAGGUCGUAAUACUGUCAGAAGCAAGAUAAUACAUAUAGAAAGAGGAAUUAACUAAUCGCAACAUGAUGGUGGAAGACGAAAUAGAAACUGUCAGUGUUCUCUAUCGGAAGGGUCCGAUAUACAAAGAACAUUUCACCUAAAUUAUCAGGACAAUGUCAGGACUCCAAACUGAAAUUGUUGCAGAGGAAACUAGUAGCACUUUAAUGUCAACCGUGUCACGAUUAGACACUCGAGUGGACGUCAGUCCUGUUUCUACCGCAUUAGCAAUCUCAAUUGUAUUUAUUUUGUUACUAAUUACUAUUAGUGGAAAUUCGAUUAUUCUCUUUGCUUUCUACAGAUAUAAGAGAUUAAGAACCGCAUCAAACUGUUUGCUUGUGUCCUUAGCCAUCAGUGAUUUUGGAGUAGGAGUUUUCAUGCCCUACGGGAUACAUUUGGAGUUGUCUACAAUACCGGAAGAUGAAGUGACAAGCUUGUGCAUUCUACCUUACUGCAUCGUUAUUUCCCUCUGCAGUGUGAGUGUCCUUGUUACUGUAGCGAUUGCAGUCGAUAGACUAACAUCUCUCGCUCAACCAUUAAGAUACAAAAACAUAAUCACGCACAGCAGCAUUGAAAAAUACAUUGCUGUUUUUUGGAUCUACGCAAUUGCUGUGGGACUGUCCCCUCUUAUUUAUGAUCAGUUUGCAACGAGGGAGCAAAUCAAAAGUGAAAUCUGCCGAUUUGGAGUGGCAAUAGUACCGCCUAUAAGAAUAUUUCUGGUAAUGGCUGUUUGGGCUCCGAGUGCACUCAUUUUACUUGGGUGCUAUAUGUACGUCUAUUUAGUGGCACGAGCACAUGCCCGUGCAAUUUAUACAGUGGAGCUCUCAUUCCGCCAUCAAACGCAGACUCUGACUCUUCCUCGUUAUGGACAAACUUUGGCUGUGACGGUUGGAGCAUUUUUCAUAUUUUGGUUGCCUUUUCAGACUUGUAUGUUACUGGACAUCUUCUGUGGAACUAACAUUCUAUCAGAGUGGACAAUCUGGUUGGGUCUACCUGUUCUGGCACACAGUGGGGCGAAUCCUUGGAUUUACGCUUUUCAUCAUGGCGAGAUGCGCAUUGCAGCUGGAAAAAUUGCAGAUGAUUUAGUAGCAAUUUUGGGUGUUAAACAUAAUAGAUGUGGAUGUUCUCCUAUUCGAAGGGGUUCAAACACCAAUUUAGAACUUGCCGAAUUGAAUAACAGUGAUGAACGCCAACCUGUCGAGGAUUGUUUUGCCGCUAAACAACACAAUUACAAACUUUACACAAGUCGUAGAUGCCUAGAAAUGUCAGGAAAAUUAGCAGAUAUAUCACCUGAACAAGGAAAUAUGGAUUCUUCUUCUAACAGUUGCAACCAGGAAAAUAUAAUAGAAGAAAAUAUUCAUGAUUUAACUAAAAUGCUUGAUCCAAACUAUAUUAUUGAUCGUAAUCAUAUUAUUGACUCUAAUCAUAAUAUAGAUAAGAUAAAAAAUCUUAAAUAUCUUUUAGAUCCAACGUUUAAUAAAAUACGACACUUAAGGAGAUUGAAUCAAAAAAGAAUUAUUAACAAAAACUUACAAAAGUCUGAGGAGCCCAGGUUCACAUCUUUUCAAAACUUAAAAAGUAGUGAAAUUUCGAACAAAAAAAAAUUAAAUACCACAUCAGAUCCCGCUCUUAAUUCAGAAAACUCUAAUAAUGAAAAUGUUUAUUCAAACCAUGCCAUAUGCCAUGAUUCCGGCCGUUGCCAAAGAAGAGAUUCAAAUCUGUCUUCUCUCUCGGAUCCAAACAUAAAGACUGCCAUGAGAGAUUCAAAUGUCUGCCUGAGGCUUCUUCCAAACUCAAAUAGUAAAUCUCAUAUCCACGGGCAUUCUGUACAAAACUUAUCUAAUAACAAAUGUGAAACUAGUCUUGCUAAAAGUUUGGCUCAAUGUCGGCAUUUAGAAAACCAAAAAAAGUUUUCACCGUGGCACCCUCAACUGCGUUCUACUUCCAAACCGAUUGAUAGAAUUGAUACUUCAUGUGUAACCUUUGAUCCAAGAUUACAGGAUUGUAGUAACAACUCUUUACCAAAUUCUGAAAUUUCAAAAACAAAUUCCAAAUCAACUAUUAGACAGAAAAUUUCACCAAAACGUUUAAAUAUUACACCUAACUGGCUUGCUAAUUAUAUAGACUCCAAAACAAAAAUUUCUGGAAAUACAACAGAUUCAAAAGUGAUAUUAGAUCUGACUAAAAAAAGCCAUGAGAGAUUGAAGAGUACCGAAUGGACCUUUAAAGUUACAUCACAGUCGAGAUUGUUAAUACCUUCCAAGAUAACAAACUCUUUAAAUGUGCCUAUUGUACACUCUGAGCCUCCAAGUCCCAUAGAAUUUAUCCCUUUAACUUCUCUUGAAGAAAAAAAAGUGCGGUAUGUAAAUAUUACUCCAAGGCUACAGGCAGCAAAAAAAAUUAGAAGCCCAGUGAGACAUUCGGAUCCAGUUAUUCCUGCAGUUCUUUUAAGCAUCGAAGACUGUUGUAUCAGUCCCACUAAAAGCAACGAAAACAUAUGUAACUGCUGGUCAGAUACUUCUUCUAAUACGACUCCUACCUUUGAUCCCAUUGAACUUUCUGAAGCUCUUCUCAAGAGUACAGAAUUGAGGAGAGAAAGCAAAUUAACAGACUCGAUUUUUGUGGAGCAUGACUCAACCAGGUACAGUUCACGUAGACCAUCUGAUUCUAAAUGGUCAGAAUCAUCCAGGAGUCAGGAGAUUCUAUCAAACGUUUCGGAACAUCAGAACUUCCCAUCAUCUUAUUCAGUAAAUAAUUUUCAGAACUGCACAAGUGGUAGUGACCUUAAUGACGUUACAUCAUGCCUUGGUUCUUUUAGGUGUCCCGAUGCUCUUAGUUCUUCCCUGCAUGAAUCCUUUUUUGAAGUCCCAUCAGCUGUUAACUCAGAUAUUUUUACUUCUUUCGAGGAAACAGAUGAAUACACGUGUGAACCAACUGUUCCUUCCGUUACAAUGGUCCAUUCUUCAGUAUCUAGUGUGAACUUUGGAAAAACAAAAACUGCAAGUGAAAUACAAAGUAGGUCUACAGAAUCAGUGUUUCACAAUAAACAACCUCUUAACAGACAAUGUAGAAUAUUAAGACUAGAGCCUUCAGCUCACCGAAGGGGAAGAGUAAGACCUAGUACAGAUUACAUUUUGGAUGAUAAUUCAAAAAAAAAGGUUUCGAUAUUAGCGCCUUUGGCUAGUCCUACACCAACGGAAAUUUGUACUCCAACAUUUGAUAUCGUUUCAGAUAUAAAAGGUGAGAAUGGUGUUUGCUUCAGAGUGUGAUUGUGAGAAUUUCUGCUCUUCUGGUAACAUGACUAUAAAUUUAUUUUUAUUUAUUAAGUUGUAUAACAAUUUAUUUAAGGAAAUGUGACGCGCUCCCAAGAAAGGUACCUAAGAAGCAAACGAAUUGUAGGUUUUGUUCGUGUAAGAUUUAUCUUGAAUAAAAGUUUAUUUUUUAUUAAAUAAAUUUGAAACCAAUUUUCAUAGAAUAUUCUGGAUAUAAUGAAGACUCGAAGUUCAAUAAUUUUUAAUAAAUAGUUGAUUCUUAUUCUGUAUUUUUACUCAAAAAAUUAAAAACAUAACCAAAAAUUUUUUCUUCUUAGGUACUUUUCUUUGAAGGGUGACACAACUACGUUUUAAACGUUAUAUUGUUAAGUUAACAUCAUUAAUCAAAAAAUGAAAACAUCAGUGUUGAAAUUUUAAAAUUAUAAAAAUUUUAAUUAAAGUUUACAAAAAACAGUCAACUGUUUUAUUAUAAGAUGGUAAGGUGUCAAUUUAGCGGAUAUAUAUUUAUUUUGCUUAUCAUCGAUAAGACAGAAAUCAAUAUUUCAAAAUUAAUACUUCAUUAAUAUUUGAAAAUAUAUUUUAUUUUGUGCAUGGUUUCUGAAAAAAAUGAAUCGUCUCUCACCGCUGGGGUAUGAUCCCAGAACCUUCCUAUUGCCGGUAGGAUGCUCUACCAAUUGAGCUACAGAGAGGAACUACCGGCAAUAGGAAGGUUCUGGGAUCAUACCCCAGCGGUGAGAGACGAUUCAUUUUUUUCAGAAACCAUGCACAAAAUAAAAUAUAUUUUCAAAUAUUAAUGAAGUAUUAAUUUUGAAAUAUUGAUUUCUGUCUUAUCGAUGAUAAGCAAAAUAAAUAUAUAUCCGCUAAAUUGACACCUUACCAUCUUAUAAUAAUUAUUAUCACGGAAAAAACCCAUUUACCAUCUUAUGAUAGUCAACUGUUUUGUUUAUCAAAGCCAUCCGGCUGUGGUACUGCAUAAAUGUACUAUUUAUUGUUGAUAAAAUACAGGGAGAAUGAAAUAACAAAUAUGAUUAUAAUCAGAAGAAUUCAUUCAAAAUAAAACAAAUUGUUUACAAUCGGUAUUGGUAACUCAAAUUUACAAAACGCUCUAACGAUUCUUCUAUAAACUGUCCAAUAUGACCAUCGCAGUAGUGCAAAAUAUUAUUACUAUUCAUUUAGAUUAAUAAUAAUUGAUUGCUAAAAAAGUGUUCUCAGGAUUUGAAUACUGAAAGACUGCUUUUUGCACGAUUAUAUUUUUUAUUGAAAAACAGUAUCAGGGGGUCAAUUACGUAUACGUUUAUUUUAUUUGAUUUUGAUUUGACUUUGACCGCAUUUUAAUUUUUUCACUAAACACGUGUUUUUCAGUGACAGUUUGUACUGUAAAUGAAUAAAAAAAUCGCUUUACACUUUUUCAUAAGAUAAUAUGUCUAACCAAGAAUUAACCAUUAAUUUCUAAUAAAAAACUCUUUUCCGAGUUUUGACGUUUCCACAAAAACUGUGACUAAAAAAGACGUAUCUAGUAAAAAUUUGAAAUGUAGUGAAAGUCAAAUCAAAUCACUUUACGUAAUCGAUCCCUAGUUCGUUUUAAAAUCUGCGAUUUUCUUAUCGAUAUUAUUAGUAAUACUUUCGUACACUACUAUAAUUUAGAACGAUGUAUUUCGAAUAUAAACAUCACACCUCUCAAAACAAGUGAUAUUUUAUUAUAUCUUGCAGACUUCUUAUGUAUGUCCUCCGGCUGACAGAAAUUAGGAUAUCUUUAAUAAAUUGGUAAUUUCCGAAAGUUGGCAGGUAUUUCUAAGCAGGCGCUAUCAUUUUAAUUAUCCAGAAUAUUGUCACGAAUAGGUAUUGAAAAAUAUUUUUGUUAUAUAUCAAAUUCAUUUGAAAACAGGAAGGCCUGUAUAAGGUUAGAAAAUAAUCAGUUUUAAACCAGAAAGAAAUGGUUUUUAUAGAAUUUUAAAACAUGUAUUGUUUAUAACGCGGAAGAAAAAUUAUGAAAUUAUAUUGACUUUAUUUCUCUAACAAGUAAAAUUACCCAAGUGGUACUAACCAAUUCCCAAGUAGCACGUACUAUUACAGUAAGAUUACAAUAAUAUUAACAGGCAAUAUUACUGUAAUAUAGAAAAUUAGUGGAAUAAAAUCCUUAAAUACUGUAAUAUUGCAGUCAUAUUUAAAUGUCCGCCUGAUGGUAAUAUUACUUAUUAAUAUUCCGGCGAUCUCGGAAAUAAUAAUUAAUCAACAACACGGAUUUGUUAAGGAGAGAUCAACGAUUACCAAUCUGGGUAUUUUUACAAUUUAUUUGUCUAAUUUCAUAGAGAAAGGUUUUCAAGUUGACGUUAUUUACGCUGCCAUAUUGAAGGCAUUUAAUAGGGUCGACCAUAAUAUAUUGUUUCAAAAAUUAUUAAAUUAAAGAUCAAUGCUCUAAACUUCUUCAUUAUCUGUAAUAUUUGUACGUUUCCAAGAUUUUUUAAAACACUUUGCAAUUGCUUUAGCAGAAACUGAAUCCCAUGAUAACUUGAUGGCUUGAAUUGCAUUUAAAACGUUCUAGGCAGGAGCUUUUGCAUCUUCUGCUAUUACUCGAAUCAGAGCUCGUACUAAACGUGUUCUAUAAGCUUUUUUCAUUAUCUCAAUUAUACCUUAAUCUAAAGGUUGUAGUCGGCUGGUUGUAUUAGCGGGAAAGAACUGAACAUUUACAAUUGAGAGAGUAAGUUCUCCUAGGCUGUGCGAUGAAUAAUGAUCGAGUAUCAACAAAUCAUGACGAUUUUCUGGUAUCAUACGUCGUUUUAAUUUUAGAAAAAAUUGUUGAAAUGCACUGGAAUCAAUCCUCGCUUUAUUAUGAUGCGUAUAAUCGUAGAACAGUUUGUCUCUGUUCAUAUUCUUUAAACAACACGGAUGUUUAGAUUUUCCUAUAAUCCAUGGUCAAAACUUCUCACUCCCAUCAGAAUUACAUAUUAAAACAACUGUCAAUCUCUGUUUGCUUCGAGUUCCUCCAUAUAACUUUUCCCCCUUUAUGCCUAGAGUGUGUCUCGUCCAUGUUAAAAAUAUCUUGUGCAGCGUAAUUAUUGCAAACACGUUCGAAAUCGCUAAUCCACUCAUUCGCAUUGUUUUCAUCUACUUUAUUAGCUUCUCCACAAACUGCUAAAGAAGAUAUGUGAUGCCGUUUUUUGAAUCUCCACAGCUAACCACUGGAGUACUCAAAGUUUUCAAUUCCAAUACCAGAUGCAAUUGCAUUUGCUGUUUCUUUAAUUAAUGGUCCACUUAACGGUAUAUUUUCAGAACUCAUAUGAUUAAACCAUUCUAACAACAAAUGUUCGACGUCUUCGUAAUUGGCACUACGAAUUCGUUUCGCUUUAUUUUGAAAAGAACUACAUGCUGCUGCUUCAUUUAUCUUAACUUCAUUUUUAAUAAUUGUAGAAAGCGUAGACUUUGGAAUGCCAAAUUUAAUUUCAAUUUGUGAUUUUGGCAAAUUUUUAUGAUGUACUCCAUCCAAAAUUAAUAAUUUUGUUUUGAGGUCGAUACUUGUUUAUUUUUUUUUACUCAUUGCAAACAGUAUUACUUGUGUCACUUGACGGAAAUACGUUUUCAUACUAAUUGAUCAAACGAUUAAUAGAAAUAUUACAUUAUCAAAAGCGAUAAAAGCGGCUUGCGGUUUGCACGAUAAAACGGGAACAACUCAACUGAAAUCAAAAUCAAAGAAAAUUUUGUAAGUUUACUAGAUCACUUCGUUUGUGAACGAAGGAAUUUUAAUUUGAACCAAAAUUAAUAUUUUUUUCGGUCAAAAAACCAAUUUUUAAAAAACCUAAAAAUUCUAUUUUUGAUGAAAAUCAUUACUUUUCCUAGAAAAAAUUUCUUUUCUCAAAUCCCUUCGUUCGCGAACGAGGUGAUAUAGUAAACUAACAAAAUUUUCUUUGUUUUUUUGGGCAACAGCUACAGUUUGCACAAAUAUUAAUAUUUUUUAAGAUUCUAAGUUGCUAAAAGUUCACUAAACCAUGUACUAGCUGUUGCAAUGAACAUUAUUUGAAUAAAGUUUUAAUGACAAGUCUAAAAAUAGUUUUAAAAAUCACUCAUUUUUUGCGGUCAAAAAGGUAUGUAACCCCUUAAUAACCACGUUCUUGUUUAGUUCUCUGGCAUUAAAAGAGUGAGUUUAGAUACCUUGUAUGGAAUUCUAUAAAAACAUAUAUACUGGUUUCUAGUCUGAUAGUGAUUUUAUAAAAGGCCUAGGUCUGUAAUUUUUGUUUGUAAAAUCAUGCUCAUUACAGGGUGUAUAAUACGAGGACUUGUAAUGAAACCAUACUUUUUUCUUUUUAACCCAGAACUGGGUUACGUUGGCAACGUACUGCCUAAGGGCUUGUACACACUGCCAUGUCCAGGUUAAACUAGGUUCAUGCCUGAUUUCAAAUACAUUUGACCUUUACUUUCUUUAAAUCUCCAUGACUUCCAUAGGAGAGCCUCAAAUAAAAGGUGACAUGAUGGUUAUUGUUUUAAAUUAACAAAAACAAUACAUUUGACCUUUACUUUCUUUAAAUCUCUAUGACUUCCAUAGGAGAGCCUCAAAUAAAAGGUGACAUGAUGAUUAUUGUUUUAAACUAACAAAAAAAUGUUUAAUAUAUUAUAUUCAUUUUUUAGUCAACUUGCAUGAGUUUAAUUACGCAGUACUUUAAUCCUAUUUUCAUAAACUAUUAUUUCCAAAAGAAUUCAUAAACAUUUCGCAGAAUUGGGAAAAGUCGACCUUAAAAUAUAAAUUACUUGAAUUAAAUUUAUAUAACUACGCUAAAUAUUGAUUAAAAAUGUUGACUAAAAUGUCCAAAUUUUAAGAAUUUAUUUCUAAACUUUUAACUCAAUAAUUAAUGGAAUCUCAUUACAUUUUAAAAUCAAUAAAAUAUAAAGUGUCAGUCAAUAACUGAAGCACUUUUAAACUCUAUCACGCAUAAGAUUUCUUAUUAAAAAAUUAUUAAAAUAAAUUUAAUAAAAAGUAUGUUACAUCGAAAAAGUUUCUUUGUUAAGUAAAAUUAACAAUUUAAACCAUUUAAUGUGAAUGAUAAAUGAAGAAAAAGAAUGAUCUGUGAUAGAAUGUUCUACUAAAAAUUUUAGUGCUAAAACUAAAAUUCAAAAAUCUUUUUAAUCUAGUAACUUUACAAAAUUAUAUUUUAAUUAAAAAGAAUCACCUUACUCCUUUUGAAGAGGUCUAUCGCAAAAUGACAAACUGAAAAAUGUAUAUCAGGAAACAUCCUCAGUUCAUUUUCAUACAAAUAAAAACUUUCAUUUAACUAAUAUUGUUCUUAGAAAACAUACCAAAAAUACAUUAGGUCUAAAAGACAUUAGAAUAGCCGAUAUCUUUAAAACAAAAACUUUAAACGAAUCUGAGAGUUUUUAGGAUGUUCUAAAGACAACAAAAGAAUGUCCCAAUGCCCACAGUGUCAUAUUAAAUGGAAAUUUUAAAUUUUAGAAUUUCGAUACAAAUUAUUACUUAAAGAUACAAAGAAGAAUCCUUCAAAUCAUUACAAUAAAAAAAACAGUGCCAAAGAACGAAAAUUAUUUUUCUAAACAAUGAUUAUACGCAGUAAAAAAAGUCUUAUUUAAAGGCAGAAAGAAAGUCUUAAUCUAAAAUACAACAUUUUUAAGAGAGCCAAAGCUGAAUUUAUGCAAUAGAUUUUGGAGGAUUUUACAUGAAUGCAGACAAGUGCAAAACUUUAGAGAAAUCUUAGAUUAAUGUUUUCUUUUUACUGUGUAUUGUUGUCCUAACUCUAUACUGCUUGUACAUUAUUUUAAAUAUAAAUUAUAGGAAAAUUGGAAAAAUAGUUGAUGGAAUUCAAAUGAACAUGAAUAUUUGCUUUGCAGUAAAUAUUUUGUAGUAAAACUAUGUAUUUUAAAAAUUACAAUCGCAUUAAAACGCCAUUGAAAUAAUGUCACUUUUUUAAACUUUAUUAAAAGACAUACAAUUAAAGUCGUUCAGGAGUGACAAAAAUAUUGAGGACCAAGAAAGUAACUAGCAGUUCAAAUUUUUGGAGUGUAACAAAAAGAAAAGAAAGAUAUAGGAUAAAUAUAUUUAUUUAAUAAAACUGUUAAAAGUAUAAUUGUACCAAUGCAUGGCUGAAGUGUGUUUAAUGUAAACUAUUAAUCUUAUCAAUAUUAUAUUAUAAUAAUUAUUGGAAAGAUGCGAUAGAUGAUGUAUGUAUAUUGUUUAUCAUUUGUGUAAAAGUGGAUGUUAUUAACUCAUACAAUGUAUUAGUUUACGCGUGAUUCAAUAGAAAAUAAGAUACUAAAGUGGAUGUUUUUGCCUUUUAUAAUAAAAAAUCUACAGUACAGUGCUACAGUACAAUAUAAACAACAUCGAUUUAGGUUUCGUUAUUAAGAUUAUUCUAAGUAUUAUUAUUCAUGUAAAAUAUGUAUAAUUGUAGUGCAAUACGCUAUCAGCUUUAAUUACUUUAAAACUGAUUCACUGGUUAAUUAGUUUUCUAAUUAAAUUUUCAUUAGAACAUUCUGAGUAAUAUUCUACUAUAUUAGAAUUCAAACAAAUAAUAACAUUUUCACAUUAUAAAACGAGAUAAAAUAUUAUUUAUAUAAACUUAAAAUAUAAUGUCAAUAAAAUGAUUAUUUAAACUGAUUCUAAAUGUGGUAACUUGCUCAAAGAGAUUUUGUUUUGAAUGCACUUUUUAUCCUCUUAAAUAAAUGAUCAUUAAUUGAUUCUUACUAUUUAUCGAUUACAUAUGCAGAAUUUAUGCAUCUUCUCAUUUAAUAACUACUUUUUCUACUACCUAUCUUUAAUAGACGAUCAAUUCAUGAAUGCGAAAUAAAUUAUGUUUUAUAAUUUUCAUACAUUUUAUAAAAUAAGUUUUGUAUUUUAUACAUUCGUUUUUAUAAAAUUUUAUUAUGUUUUUAAAAUAUUAUUUAUUGGAUUUUAUGGACAUAUAUGACGCUUCGCGACAAAAGGUAUCUUCGUUCAAAAAAAUUUAA